GGUCUCAGCUUCAGUGGUUGCGUCACAGUCUGGAGUCGCCUUCUGCUGCUUUUGCCUGGGUAGCGUGAGGCUUUCAUUAGUCCUGGAGCGCUUUGUCCUGAAGUCCCUGUGGCGUCUUGAAGAAAGCAUCCCCUCCUACACUCCCCUACAUGGAGUCCACGCUCCCGACAACAGAGUCCCAGGGACCAAUGCUGUUUGAGGAUCUGGCUGUGUAUUUUUCUCAAGAGGAAUGUGUGAGUCUGGGCCCUGCCCAGAGGCCCCUCAGCAGAGAUGGAACACAGGAAUGUUUUGAGGAUGUGCCCUUGAUGGGAGAGGAAAGCAAGACUGAGAUUAACCAGCAGUUAAGUCUAGAGUCUAUGGAACUUGAAGAGCUUGACUUAGAAAAGUACUCCAUUGCUGCGCCCCUUGACCAUUACCUAGAAAAAUCCUCUGAGGAUGAAGUUGGAAACCCUGAAAGGAAAAUAUCAGGUGGAACUUCCAUCUGCAAGAAAAAGUUCAUAAGCCUUUCAGUUACCAUUGAAAACCACACCCCAUUAGUAGAACUAUCUCAAUGUUUAGGAAUCAGAACACUUUCUGAAAUUCUUGAAAUUCCCUGGGAAGAAGCCAAAACGGUGUACAAAUGUUCUGAAUGUGACCAAAGUUUCACUGAUAAUUCAUACUUUGUUUUGCAUCAGAAAAUUCAUUCGGGAGGGAAAAAAUAUAAAUGUGGUGACUGUGGGAAGAUUUUCAAUCAUAGAGCCAACCUGCGGACACAUAGGAGAAUUCAUACUGGUGAGAAGCCGUAUAAGUGUGCCGAGUGCGGUACCAGCUUCCGCCAGCCCUCACAUCUGUCCCGGCACAUGAAUAGCCAUGUAAAGGAGAAACGCUAUACAUGUGGCAUAUGUGGGAGAGGUUUUAUGUGGCUUCCAGGACUGGCACAGCAUCAGAAAAGCCAUACUCCCGUAAAAGCCUAUGAGUGUGCUAAAGGUGGUAAAUAUUUUGGUGAGAAAACACAUCUUGCUUUGCAUGAGAAAACACACACAUCAGUCACCCAGUACCAGCACACUCAGUGUGUGAAGAGCUUUAGGCAGCCCUCACACCCUGCCCUCUCCGAGAAGGGCCAGGAGGAUGAUUCUGAAUGCUGCAGCGAUGAUUUUGAAAAUUUUUUCUCGUUUGCAAAGUUCAAACCCUUACAAUGUUCUGAGUGUGAUAUGACUUUUCCUUCUUUCUCUGAGCUUAUUUCCCAUCAGAACAUUCAUACAGAGGAAAAGCCCCAUACAUGCAAAACAUGCACAAGAAGUUUUACUUCAGACUCAGAACUUGCACGCCACCAGAGGAGCCACACAGGAGAGGAACCUUUUAAGUGUACCGUGUGUGGGAAAAGUUUCAGGGUGAAUGUGCAUCUCAUUACUCACAAGCAAACCCAUAUGAAAAACACCGUGUGAAUAUAACAAGUUUCUGUUAAAGCUUGGGCUUUUCAGUAUCUAUACGGUGGAAAAUAGUUCCUGUUUAUGUGCCAGGCGCUGUGAUAAGCACUUUAUCCACAUUCCACGUAAUCUCACUACAACCUUGAUUUAGGCAGCAUUAUUUCCAUUUUAUAGCUGAAGAAGCAUACUCAAUGUCAUAAAGCUAAUGAGUGAAACCAGGAUUCAAACUUAGUUACUAUUCAAAUACCAUUUGUAUGAGCCAGAGAAAGAGAACUUUAAAAAUUUUUUUAGUUUUCAUUAAGACCAAGGCUUUUGCUAGAGUUCUUUUAAUUUUGUUUAUGUGGUUUUUAAGUAAGCUUUAGAAGGAGGAGAGUUUAUUUAUUUUCUACCAGUACUGCAGAGAUAGUAUCUAGGAAAGUAAAUACUUAUUUAUCUGUUUUAUACUUCUUUUUUUUACUAUAAUUAUUUGAAUGUAAUUUUUGUAUGAGACGAUUAUUGUUUUACAUGUGAAUUUCUAGAGUUCAGAAGCUUUUCCCCAUCACCCUGUAAAAAGUUCCCAAAUGAGUGGACUACUUGAUAACUUGAUGGCUGUUAGUAUCCAUGGAGUUCUCAUUUUCAGAUUUGAUGCCAGGGGCAGGUACUGGCAUUUAUGACCCAAAUGUUUGCAAUGAGUUUUGGCAGUCUUAACUACAACCCUUUUCUAGAGGCUGGGCUUGACUUGGGGGAGGGGCCGACAGAGGGGGUGGGAAUUACUUGCUCCUUUCUAAGGUGAUUUGCCUCCAGAUCUCUACUGAAGCACAUUACCUGUUUUGCUAUGAAUAAUCAUGAUUUUUUUAGUGAGCAUGCUAGGUACUUUAGGUAUGUUAUCUAAUUUAUUCUUUAUAAUAAAUCUGUGACAGAGAAGACUGUCCUUGUGUCCUAGUAAGGAAACUGAAGCCCUCAGAGGGUAAAGUGGAUACUUUGCCCAGCUCAAAAAAAUCACAUUGUGGUGAAGCUGGCAUUUAAACUUGGUUUUUUUGUGGCUCCGAAGGCCAUGCAUUCUGCAACACUGCGUUAUUUGUUGUCACUCACGCCGUGCAUCAGCACUGCAAACAGCCAGGAAGGCCGAGAUAGGUGCGUGAGAACAGUCUUCACAGAGGCCACCCUGUGCGAUUGCCUCUUGGCAUUUUAUCUUCACUUUCUUUGCACAUCUAAAGCCUGACUUGCGUGUACAAUUAUAAAGCAACAGAAGACUCCCCAGGACUUCGAGUGCAAACUCCCAUCUCUAUAAGAUCAGAGAUGGCAAACUACAGAGUACAGUCCUGAAGGUUUGGCUUAAAAAAAACUAGCCAUAACAUUUCCUUUCCAUCUCCAAAGAAAAAUACAUAUAGAAAAUUGUUAGAUUUCAACCAAAUAGUUGAUAAUAUAUAGGUCUUUAGAUAUUGCUAUUACAGAUAUUGUAGCAAAACAUUGUUAAAUAGUAAACUUAUUGAUGUUAAAGAACACGAGAAUGUUGUAAAUAUACAUUUAUAUAGAAUUUUUCUUUAAAGAAAAAUUGUAUACCUAUCAGCAAAACAAUAUUUAUAUAGGAUUUUGAUUGGGAUGUAAGAAUGGUCUUAUUCUAUUUAUAUAGACAGUAUAAAAGUACAGUAUUUGCUAACAUGGAAUUAUUGCCAGGAAAUUUCAUGAGCAAAAAUAAAGGCCUCUUGAGGACUAAUUGGAUGGAGAUUAGUACCUGGAAGGUGUCUUACAGAACAGCAGAUUGAGAAUUGAAUAUGCAAAAAGAUGCUGGCUACUGCACACCUAAGCGCUUAACACUGAUCAUAGGCAGGAAGAUAAUUGUUGGUGAGUAAGCAAACUGAAACUAACAGCCCUAACCCAGCUUGCCUACUCUUUUUUUUUUCUUUUUGUCAUUCUUGUAUUUUGUUUGCAGAUUCACAGGUGAGACCAUGUGCUCUGUGUGUCAAGGUCAGACUUGGCUCUUUGUUUCUGAUGUCUCUACUCUUAGGAUAAUGGAUGCCAGUAAAGUGUUUUAAAUUUCAGGGUCUUAAAUUUAAAAACAAGGCUUUCUGUACUCUUCAACAGGUCUUUUGUCUGAGGUGCUUCGAAUUGUGUAGAAAGAUGGUCUCCGAUUAAAUUUUUUAUUAGCCAUCUCUGGGAUAUAAUGAUCUUCGUUAAAUAUCAACAAGAGCACCACCUCCCUGCUCUGCUUUUGCCCACAGUGUGAGAAACUGGCAUCGUGCCUCAUUAGCACAUGUAAGGGGUUCUAAUAUUUCAGUUGAAGACUGAAGAGUUUCAGGGUGGGGAAUGAAAGUGGGAAAGAGGCUCCUACUAACAGAGUUUCUGGAGAAACAGAGAGGAAUCCUAGAAGGUACUUGAACAGAAUGUGGCUGUUAUAAUAAAUGGAAGCUGUCAUCCUUUCCUUUGCUCUUAAGAAAGUAUAGGAGAAGGUGAGAAUUUAUGCUGUAAGUUCUGUUCUGCACCUCAAUAUGGAAAUUCACCUUUCCAAAUGAGGCUUCCUUCAUAAUUAACCUCUCAGUUUUUGCAGUUUUCUUUAUUUCCAGAUUUUGGAAGAUAAUUCCCAAGCUCCAUAAAAGAUUAGAAAAAUAGCACUUUUACAGAAACAUUAACAUAUACAUGGGUAUAAUUAAAAUGGCUUUUUGGUAUAAUAUUGUUAAUGAUUGGUAUACAGAACAAAAUGAGAAAAAAAGACAAAACGUGAGUGUUAGUUACUGUGAAAUAGGCAUAUGUUCAGUUGUUGCCUUAUUGUGCACAUGUACCUAAAACAUUUGCUGGAUGUAAUUCUAGCUGGUCUGUCCCCAGGGAGUUGAAGGAAGAUGUGUGUUUGCCGGUGAGAUUCAGGCUGUUUCUAUGAUGAUGGCUUUUUCACCCUUCUACUUACAAUGCCAACUUAUGCAGACAGAUUCCAUAAGAUUGUCAUGAACUCAGAGAUAUCAUUAGCCUACUAUGUUAGGUGCUCUUAAAUACUGGAUAAAAGUUAAUACAGGGAUGAAAAACUAAAUGAAAGAGUUCGUUGCUAUGAAUGGUUGGUUAACUACAUUUUGCAGCGUGGACACUGACACACUAUGCAGAGUGAAAACUUAGUGCUGAAGAUAUGAACUCUUGAACAAAUUCCUUAGUUUUUGUUUUUGGUGCAGUGAUGAAAUCUGUACUCGAGAGUUCCUUAACAUGAUUGCUGGAAUGUCAGGUUCUGUUAAACAGUCAUCAUUGAUGAAAACAGCAUUUUUCCAAUAGAAUUCAGAUGUCAAAAGUUUACAUUUUGUAAUUUAAGAAAUUGUAGAAUUUAGUUGUUGUUCUUGAAGGAGUUGUAUUCAAAAUAGUUUUGUUUAGAGCUCUGUUGAUACAGGUAAUAGUCUAUUCACAUCUCCCCAUUUAACACAGAAAGUGACUAACCCAAUAGUUCAAGGAGUUAAAACUAAAAACAAAGGACAUUUCACAGUGAGAGUUAUUUUGAUUCUGACUCCUAAGAUUCGAUAUAAUUAAGUGGCAGUGUUCUAGUGACUACAGUAUAAGAUGUCACAGCAUAAGAUGUCAUACAAUCUGAAACUGCAGAUUUUGCUCAAAAUAAUCUGCAAUUUACUGCAUAUGUGUACAAAGGGAAACAGCAGGUUAUAGUUUAUCUGAAUAAAGAGUAUUUUGAAUGUUAAAUUUGUUAUCCCUGUGGGAUCUCAGUAAGAAAGUAUUUUUGCUUUGACUGUGUUAAAAAAGUAACUAAAUGAUCUUUGUUAGAAAUGUGUAUAUUCAUCUGCUUUAGUUUUGUAGAUUAGGAGAGCUAUUGAUCUGAUAUAAAAGUAAGCAUCACCCAUCUUUCCAAGGCCCAUCUGACUACAGGUGUUUUGUCUUUUAUUUUUAAGUUGACAUCCCUCCUUGCAUGAACAGGCUAGGGAGGAGGGGGAUGUGAUAUAAGUAUUCAUUUAUAUAAACCUAAGAAUAUGCUGUAAUCUCUAGUUCCUUUGAAUACCUCAGAAGUAUGUUUGUUGUAUUGCACUUCUACUGUUUAUUUGUUUAAUGUUUUAAUAUUACUGUUUUUGGUGCAUUCUCAUCAUUCUUAACUCUAGAUUGCAAGCUCUCAAAAGGCGGUGAUCGUCUAUCUGACGUGCAAUUUGGCAUCUAAUAAAUACAAUUUUAUGAUGAUGGCAA